CAUAGAGUACCGGAAGGAGUCUGAGCUGAGGUGAUCCUAGCCGUGCCGGGGAAGUAAAAGGGAUUCGGUUACAGCGGAGUGGUUUCCGAAAUGACGACCUUAGUGCUGGAUAACGGAGCCUACAACGCCAAAAUCGGUUACAGCCAUGACAACGUCUCGGUUAUUCCCAAUUGUCAGUUCAGAUCAAAAACGGCUCGUCUUAAAACAUUUACUGCUAACCAGAUUGAUGAGAUAAAAGACCCUUCAGGACUCUUUUACAUUCUUCCUUUCCAAAAGGGCUACUUGGUGAAUUGGGAUGUCCAACGGCAAGUUUGGGAUUAUCUUUUUGGAAAAGAAAUGUAUCAGGUCGAUUUCUUAGAUACUAAUAUUAUUAUAACAGAACCAUACUUCAACUUCACUUCAAUUCAAGAAUCAAUGAAUGAAAUUCUAUUUGAAGAAUAUCAGUUCCAAGCAGUAUUAAGAGUAAAUGCUGGUGCUCUUAGUGCACACAGGUAUUUCCGAGAUAAUCCUUCCGAAUUAUGCUGCAUCAUUGUAGAUAGUGGCUAUUCCUUCACACACAUAGUUCCCUACUGCAGAAGCAAAAAGAAAAAAGAAGCCAUUAUUCGGAUAAAUGUGGGCGGAAAACUCCUAACAAACCAUCUGAAAGAGAUCAUAUCCUACAGGCAGCUGCAUGUUAUGGAUGAGACCCACGUGAUUAAUCAAGUGAAGGAAGACGUAUGCUACGUGUCUCAGGAUUUCUACAGAGACAUGGAUAUUGCCAAGUUAAAAGGGGAAGACAAUACAGUGAUGGUUGACUACGUUUUGCCUGACUUCAGUACAAUUAAAAAGGGCUUUUGUAAGCCAAGAGAAGAGAUGGUGCUGAGUGGAAAGUACAAGUCUGGGGAGCAGAUUCUUCGCCUGGCCAACGAGAGGUUUGCCGUUCCAGAAAUACUCUUUAACCCCUCUGACAUUGGCAUUCAGGAGAUGGGGAUCCCGGAAGCCAUCGUCUAUUCAAUUCAGAACCUACCAGAAGAAAUGCAGCCACAUUUUUUUAAGAACAUUGUUUUGACGGGAGGGAAUUCACUUUUCCCAGGAUUCAGAGAUCGGGUUUACUCAGAAGUUCGGUGUUUGACGCCAACAGAUUAUGACGUUUCCGUUGUGUUGCCCGAAAACCCUAUUACUUACUCCUGGGAAGGUGGAAAGUUGAUAUCUGAAAACGAUGACUUUGAAGACAUGGUGGUGACAAGAGAAGAUUAUGAAGAAAAUGGACAUAGUGUCUGUGAAGAGAAAUUUGACAUUUAAGAACCAUUUCUGAA